ACAGUGCUCAUCUGUGUAUAUUGUGGCGGUGGGUGAGAGAGAGAGAGAGAGAGAGAGAGAGAGAGAGAGAGAGAGAGAGAGAGAGAGAGAGGGGAGUAUGUUUUCUGGGAGAGCGUGACUGCUCGUCGUCGUUUCCAUGAUGAGGUGACGGGGUUGUGCUUGGUGUGUACCUUCGAGACGUCCUCGUGAGACUUGGCAGCGCACUCCAGCUCAGCUGAAGGGAAUAUACUUCGGUCCAAGGAAGAGCUUUUUUUUUUUCGUAGGAUAUGUCUUUCUCUCGCACUGUCCAUCUGUGAAAGGCAAGUAAUGUUCUGAGAGCAGGCGUGCAGGCGUAGGUGAUUAAUCUGUUAGCGACAGUAUCACAACGUUCUCUCCACUAAGAAAACGCUCUGGGUCUCUUAUCUUCUUCACCUGUUCUUUUCUCCUGAAGGUAGGGGGGUCAUUAUGCGUUUCAUUCUUUCCAGUUUCAGUUAAUUACGACUGUGUUCUGACAAGAGAGAACUGGCAAGCAAAACGGAGAUUGUGAACGAAGGGUAAAGCCUUAACACUCUAGUGCAACAGUUGGUCGUCUUAACUGUCUUAACUCUGUAGGGUGGAACAUGUAGUUAUCGACUAAAGCGUCUCAGGUGCUGUGCCAAAGAUAUGCCUGAGGAUGGCUUUCGUUUCGCUUCGCUUCGCCUGUCUGCUGGAUACGCAGAGGCGGAGUCUCGAGGCAGGGUCUGGCGGUGGUUUCGUUUGCAUUUAUUGAACGUGUCCCCAUUAGAGACGAGUUAUUGUUUAUUUAACCAUCGUGGUUGGUAGGCAUAGCGCUGGGAAUUCUCGUGUGUGUUAGUUCGCGUAGUCAGCAGGUAACGAGAUUAGGUUUAGAUAUGUCCUGUUGGUUAGACGUAGAAGUAGGUCGGCUGGCGGAGAAGAGAAUGUGGAAAUUCCACGCUGUAGGUCCAAGAGGCGAAACCGAAGGUGGUGGCAUUGUGAAGAGGACACCCGUUGUGGGAUCGAUCACUGGUUUGCAUGCGGUGAAUAAAAGAUUAAAAGAAGAGGUAAAGGGUGAGCUCCGAUGUGGAGACGCAAUGAAAGCUUUGAAGAGGAGAGGAAGGCGAGUGUGUGUUCCGACGUGGGUCGCGAGAAAGCGGAGGGCAAGGGGAAGGAGAAAAUGGUCAGAGGCUGAAUGAAGGCUAAUGGGUGAAAGGAAAGGAUGAUUAAGUUGAAAUGGGUCAAAGGAUGAUUGAGAAAGAAAUCCGAGCUCCUUGAGGCGAAGCAAAGAAGCAAAGAAGCGAAGCUAUUCGUUAAGUGGCACGUUUCUCCUUUCUUUUGUGCAUGAAAUUGAAAUCUACGUGACUGUGUACAUGGAGUGUGUACAUGUCAUUUGUCUUCGUGGUUUGUGUAACUCGGUGUGCGGGGCUACGGUGGUGUGUUCAUCUGGAGACGUUUUGGUUCGGUCGCCUGUCGGUUGUUUCGGAACGGGGAAAGAGGAAGUUCUUUUUCGUAUCAUCCUUCACUGUUUAACUAAGCAAUUGACGUACGAGAGCUUUUUUUGACGGCGAGUACGCUAUAACGCAGACAAAGCUGUUGAACAAAAUGGUGAUGCACAGACUAUGAACUGAAUCUGGGUACCUUCGCUCCUCUCCGAGGGUUUCGUGUGUGCGCGUAGGUGUGUGUGCAUAUGGAUGUUGUGUACUGUAUGACAGGAGCGAUAUCGAGCACACCCCUUGCAUGAGAUUCUAUAACUGUGAUAUGUACUGUAUGACCUUAUCACUGCCAUCAUUCAUAACGAUAUCGAGCACACCCUUGCAUGAGAUUCUACAAGUGUGAUAUGGACGCUCGCCGUGGACGGAUAUGGGCUUUGUACGGAUAGAUCGUCUUCAGUCUUGUUCGAUUACAGAGGUUGAUUACUACCUAGUGUUGUGGCUUUGGUAUUCACCUUUUGCUGUUGUAGUUUGCUUACCUUUUGUCAUCGAUGUAGUUUGCUAUCUACCUUUCGUUAUUGAUGCGGAAACAAGUGAUUACAAGAAGACAGGUUUGGGAAUACGAGCGAUAUUUCUUGCUGUGCCAGGGAUGGUUGGUCUUUUCUUUGCACACUAGUGGGAGGUCUAUAUAGCUCACGAUUUACGUAUCUAGGCGUGUCGAUUGUAGUGCGGAUUUUCCUGGUCGGAUUUUCUGAUGGCCGUGUUUUAUCCCCUCAUCUGGAUCGAUUUUUUCGUUUGCCAUCCUCUUCUGGUUGGCGUUGUUGCUGUGUAAUCGCGGUGUCUCGCUUGUUGAACAUCCUAUUUCGUUUCUUCUCUCGUCUUCAUCGGCGGGGUGACCUUGCCAAUCUGUUCACCGUCAGCAGGAUCCGCGAAGCCUCCCUCCUCCUCCCCCCGCCCCCUUCUUCCGCGCCCGCGGGGCCCUACCGACUCACAUAGGCACGUGCAUCGUAGAUGCGUUGAAACUUGCUUCGUUUCCGCUUUUCGUUUUUUUUUUUUGUCGCUCUACUCUGUGAGCUCGUGUCCUACUGCUGGGUAUUGGGCGGUCUCAUGAGUCGUUGUGGUCGUGUUCGGUGUGAUUUACGCUUGGUCUCUCCACUCAUCCAUUGUCUUUGUGCGUAUGUAAUGCUCAAUGCCGCUGAAGCGUGUGCUGAAACUAGAGAGAUACUAAAGAGAAGGUGAGUCUGGGGAUGGCGGGGGGAAGGGAAGGGGAAGAGCGGGGGUGGGGGGCUAAGUGGGGGUGGAAAGGUAUAGGUAAGGGGGACGCGGGGAUCGGCGGGUUUGGAACUUUUAGCUUGAAGAGGACUGUGGUUUGGUUUCUCUGCGAGAAGUCCGAAGGACCAGUUGUUAGUUAAGAAGUCUUAUGAAUGGGUCAUUGGCCUUUCGAACGUACACGCUUGAACGUACGCUUGAACGUACGAUUAAAUAAACGUUAUCACACAUUAGCGGCGAGAAAGGCCGACAAACUGUAUUUAUAAGCAAUUAUGCCUGUCGUUUUUAACGCUGAUACCGUAAGUAAGCUUCUGUAAUGUUUGGCUUUUUGGUUUGUAAAAUACGCUGAA